UGAAAUCAUGGCGACACGUUCCUCCCUCGCCGGAAAUCGACGACGCGUUUCUCCCUCGUCGAAAAUCGACAUACAUGAACCAGUUCGAAACCAGUAUAAUUUCGAAGGAAGAUAUGAUAUGGUUAAGUUCAUGAAGUUGGUAGCAGAAGCUGGUCCUUAUGUUCAUCUACGCAUCGGUCCAUAUGUCUGUGCUGAAUGGAACUACGGAGGAUUUCCUCUUUGGUUGCAUUUUGUACCGGGAAUUGAGCUUCGAACUGAUAACGAACCAUACAAGGCUGAAAUGCAGCGAUUUACAACCAAAAUUGUUGGUCUGCUGAAGCAGGAGAGAAACAUUAUGCCUCUCAACUCUCAGGAGGAUCCAUCAUUUUAUCACAGAUUGAAAAUGAGUAUGGAAACAUUGAUUCGGCCUGCGGGGCUGCUGCAAAGUCAAUAUCAACUGGGCAGCAAGUAUGGCUGUAUCUAUGAUACAGGACUACCGUGGGUCAUGCGCCAGCAAUCAGAUGCUUCUGAUCAUGAUGUGUGA